ACAACUUCUUCUCUGCUACUCGUAGGACACGACUCCAAGAUUCUCGACAGUUUUUAAGCUUUAGGAGUGUUUUGAGAUGGUUGGAGGAUCAAAGAAGUCUAAAAGGUCAAGACUUUAUGAAAGUGAAUCAGAAGAGAUGAGCGAAGAGGACAAUCUCGAGGUGGAAGGGGAGAGUGAAGAUGAAGAGUUGUCUGAUGGGUUAGAGGAUGGUGAAGGGAGUGAAGAAGAGGAGGAAGAUGAUGAAGAAGAUAGUGAGGAAAGUGGUGAAGGAGGUGAGAAGGAAGAUGUAGAUGGAGAAAGCGAAGAAGGAAGUGAGAGUGGAGAGGAAGGGAGUGAUGACAAUAAAGAUGCUGCAAUGGAAGAGCUUGAGAAAGAGUAUCAGGAGCUUCGUUCACAGGAACAGGAUAUAUUGAAAAACCUGAAGCGUGAUAAGAACGAGGAUGUUGCUAAAGGUCAAGCAGUGAAGAACCAAAAGGCUCUUUGGGAUAAAACUUUGGAGUUGAGAUUCUUACUUCAGAAAGCAUUUAGUAGUUCAAACAGAUUGCCACAGGAGACUGUCAAAUCGUCAUUUUGUUCGGAAGAUGAGAAGGUCUCAGCAGCAUACGGAGAGCUGAUUACUUCUUCUAAGAAGACAUUAGAUUCCCUCUUGGAGUUGCAAGAGGCUUUGUUUGAGAAGAAUCCCUCGGUUGACCAACAAGCAAAUGGUACCGAAUCCAAUAAAUCUGAUGCAGAAGAUAGCGAUGAAUGGCACAGAAUAUCUGACAUGCAAAACAGAAUGUGUGUGUUCCGAAACAAGGCUGUGGACAAAUGGCAGAGAAGAACACAAGUCACAACUGGUGCAGCUGCUAUCAAAGGAAAGCUCCAUGCCUUUAACCAGAACGUUAGUGAACAGGUUGCUUCUUACAUGAGGGAUCCAAGUAGAAUGAUUAAACAAAUGCAACAAUCAAAAUCUACUGUUGCUGUUUUUGGAACUGUCCCUAAGGAAACCAUGGAACCAAAAACAGAGGAAAAACAACUUGAAGGAGACCCUGAACUUGUAGAGGAUGCAGAAUUCUAUCAACAGUUACUAAAGGAGUUCUUUGAAACCAUUGAUCCAGCUUCCUCAGAGGCGGCUUUCUACGCGAUGAAGAAGUUUCAAACGAAGAAGAGGAAAGUUGUGGAUAGGCGUGCCUCUAAGAGCAGAAAGAUAAGGUAUAAUGUGCAUGAGAAGAUUGUCAACUUCAUGGCUCCACGACCUGCAAAGAUUCCUCCAAACACUGCUGACCUGCUGAAGAAUCUGUUCGGUCUCAAGACCAGACACGGAAACGCUCUCUCUGAAGCAUAAUGUUUAACAAAACCUCAAUUUUGAAAACGCAGGAAUAGAUUUGAUUACUUUUAUUUGUGUGGUGCGUUGUUGUAAUACAAUCUUUGAUAGCACAAAAACUCAUUUUACAUAUCAAACAUCAUUUCAGUUUAUUAAUAAUCAUAAUUGCAAAAGCC